AUGAACACGAGCUUCUUCCAGAUACUAAAAGCGAAAAAAGAACUCAUUCCCCUGGUUGGAGUAGUGUCCUUUGCAGCAGUUGGGGCGUUCUCUUUUUCUGCCUAUUCCCUGUUCAGCAAAUCCGAUGUGAUCAUUAACAAGAGUGGCAAUCCAGAACCAUGGGAAACUGUCGAUCCUACCAAGCCUCAGAAGCUAUUAACAAUCCAUCAGAAAUGGAAACCUAUAGAAGAGCUGGAGAAUGUCAGAAAGCUUACGAAGUGACAAGUUUCUGUUGCCACAAAAAGGUACCCUAUGAAUCUAGUGGAAUCACUUCUGCACAAACUUGACUACUGAAAUCAGUGUGCGGAAAUGCUUCUGCUACAUUUUUAGGGUCUCCCUACAUUUUUUGGACUCUGGAUGAGAAGUUUCAUGUUGCCUUAGAAGUUGGCAUACAACAUCCACACAGUCCAAAAAUCUGUCUCAAAUAGUCAUUUUUAGUAGGCAUUUGAUGUCAAAUGUUGAAUAUUCAGAUGGUAAUUAUAGAUGGAAAAAGCCUUCACACUUUUUGUAGAAUUUUGUUUUUCUCAAA